CUCAACCGGACGGUAAAUAAUUUCAUCAUCAGCUAUGGCCAGCUUUGGAAGUAGCGAAACACAGAAACCCAACGUGGAUCCUGAGUUACAGGACUUCCUGAUGGCGGAAAACGAACGUGCCCGGCUCAGUGCUCAGAUUCACGAGUUUACCGACAUUUGCUGGGACAAGUGUGUCGAGAAACCGAGCAACAAAUUGGACAGCCGGACUGAGACAUGUUUGGCAAACUGUGUGAACCGUUUCGUCGAUACGUCGCUCCUGAUAACGCAGCGCUUUGCGCAAAGCUUGCAAAAGAGUCAGGGAAUGUAAGGAACUUACUGGGC